GAGAGAGGGAGAGAGGGAGAGAGGGAGAGAGAGAGGGAGAGAGAGAGAGAGAGAGAGAGAGAGAGAGAGAGAGAGAGAGAGAGAGAGAGAGAGAGAGAGAGAGAGAGAGAGAGAGAGAGAGAACGCGAGGCAUUCGUUUUUGUUUUGCAUACUUUUCCCCAUCUUGUGUGUGGUGUGUGCUUUGCGAGGUCCUCUGAGGCUGAGUACUAGUGCAGGGCUGCAUUUGCAUCUGAGGACGGCGACAAGGUAGGAGUGAGGCGGUGUUAUCCUACGCCAGCCUUCCUGCAUCUCCCUGGCGAAACAGAUGAUUCGACGAUUGUGGGAAACACCUGCGAUCAAGGAGGAACAGAUUGGAGGAGAGAGAGAGAGAGAGAGAGAGAGAGAGAGACCAGAGAGAGAAAGAGAGAGACAGAGAGAGAGAGAGAGACCAGAGAGAGAGAGACCAGAGAGAGAGAGAGAGACCAGAGAGAGAAAGAGAGAGACAGAGAAAGACAGAGAGAGAGAGAGAGAGAGCAGAGAGACCAGAGAGAGAGAGACCAGAGAGAGAGAGAGGGUUUCUGUGUUGAUGUCCAGUCUAGGGGACUACAGGCUACUUAACUUGGCUGGGGCUGCAGAGCUCUGCACUAUGUAAUUGCAGGCAGCUGGUGGGUUGAAAGAAUGUUUGCAUUUCUGUAGAGUACAUCGCCGCGCCGUCGCAGCCCGGAGAGGGACCAGGGCGGUCUCAAAGGGGAUUCAGCUGAAAUGACAGAAGAGUGACAGUCCUCCACUCGCCGUUUCGAGGGCUGCUCAGAGUAAGAGUCGGGACACGUUAGGAAGCGUGUGAGGAGGCAAAAAGCAGAGCAAGAAAGACUUCCUGGAGUCCUCUUAAGUGUGCCCUGGAGUCUCGGAGGCGUGUGCGUGUGGGUGUUUGUGUUUGGCGGGGUAGGGGCCGGGGUGGGGGGGUGAUUCACCGACCUCAGCCUCCCAGUAAAUUACAACCGGCAGCCUUCACUCAUCCUCCAGCGAAGCCACCUGGAGCAGGAGCAGCUGUCCUAACCCCAACCCGGAGGAAGGACGACGCAGGGGGAGCGGGGAGGGCGUCUUUUUACUGGAGCCAAGCCUCUCAUUACGGCGAGGUUGUUAAUCGCUGCUGCACGCACGGGGCGGCGCGGCUCAGAGUGUCGCCGGCGCGCUGAGUGGAGGGAGGUGCUUCUGGUGCCGGAGAUCAGGGGGCAUGUUCGCCAGGUUCCGGCUCCGCCUCAACUCGGUCUCUGAUGGGUCGGACAUGGCCGACGGGAGCCCGGUGGAACACGCUUGGGCCGAACCAAAAGAGCCCGAACCUGAGCCAGACGACCUGGACUGGGAUAGCUACAGCGCCACGCUGGACCACAGACUAGAGGCUGAGCAGCAGAGUGCCCAGGCGUCGGAGCAGCGCUGUGUCCAGUUGGAGCAGGUGCGCGCCGGGCUGGAGGAGCAGCUAGAGGAGGAGAUGGCUUGUUCGGGGCAGCUGGCCAUGCAGCGCGACCGGCUGCAGGCCGAGUGCAACAGCCUCCGGCUGGACAUGGACGAGCUGGAGGCCGCCCUGACCUCCGCCGAGCAGGAGAAACAGGGUUCUAACCGGGAGGUGAGGCGGCUUCUUGAGGUGCUGUCUCUGAAGGAAGAUGCGGUGGAGAAGCUCCAGAGGGAGAAGGAACACCUGGCCGAGCUCAGCCAGGUGAGGCCUUAAUUAACUUGCAUUGCCCUCAUAAAGGUAAGGAUCUCAACAG